AUGGCACAUUUACUGAUUCUAUUGACGGCUCGCAUUGACAUCUUGAUUGACAGGUUGGACAUCGUUCUCAUCACCACACUCAUGCUCGGGUUCUUUGCUCUUCAACUUGACAAAACCAACAUCACCAGCGCUAUAACGACCGACUUCAUUCAUGAUAUCGAAAUCACAAAUAACAUCGUCAACAGCGGGGACCAGCUUUCACUUGCCGCCAUCGUUAUUUUCGAAAUUCCAUCCAACAUGAUAUUGUCCAGACUUGGUGCUCCUUUGUGGUUGACUAUCGAAUGUCUUGCGUGGGGCCUAGUCGCGAUCUUCCAAGCUUUCAUAACGAACCAAGCAUCCUUUUUCGCUACCCGUUUUCUGCUGGGAACCUUCGAAGCUGGGUAUUUGGCCGGAUCUCCGGUCGUCAUCGGUAUGUUUUAUACCAAGACGGAGGUUGCAAUGAGAAUGACUGCGCUAUACACCGCCUAUUAUCUUGCUGCUGGAACAAGUACUCUCAUUGCGGCGGGCGUGUUCAAGAUGGACCGUCUGGGUGGCUUCCACGAUUGGCAGUGGCUGUUCGUCAUCGACGGAUGUUUUACGAUCAUCGUCGCUCUACUUUUUAUGUUUCUCCUACCGAAAAGCCCAAGGUGGACGCGGCCCGUGGUUGGCAUUGCCGCCUUUGAUAUCUUCACCCAACGCGAACGGGACAUCAUGACUCGUCGCAUCGCACUCGAAGACACGAGUCGAUCAGCCGAACUAUCCCCCAUCAACCCGCGAGAUGCUCUCCAAGCACUCUGCACCAACUAUUACAUAUGGCUUCACUCGCUCGUGGCUUUGAUCUCCCUUGUUCCCAAAGGUGAACUCCUGCUCUAUGCACCUACAAUAAUCAAGAACCUCGGCUUCGACAAGAUCACCGCCAACUUGCUAGCUUCGGUAUCAAAUUACGCUCUCUUCUUACUCCCGGUCUUCGCGGCGCGGAUAUCAGAUUGGGUGCAGCUUCGAGGUCCGGUGUGUGGGGCCUGCACGAUUUACGCACUUGUAUUUGCCGGCGUGCAAUACUCCAUGGUUCUAAGCACGGACAAGUGGGGCAAAUAUGCUGUUUUCGUCAUGUUCAUGGCGGGUAACGCGACAUUCCAGUGA